AUGAAUUGGAUGAAAACAGUAUGGAGGAUGCAACCUAACCAAAUUACCACUUCGGGCAUGCAGUUGAUAUCAAACCUUCUAGCAACUGGUACUUGUGCAGGGUUUGCCGUAACUGUAGACACAAAGCGAUUGACGGACGCUGAUCCUCGAUUUGAGUCAAUUGACAUGCGGGAAUUUUAUGACAAGGCAUAUGCAUCAGCUAGCCUCCUUCUCCUCGCAUUUUGCUCUACUGCAAUGUUAUCCAUCGUCUCUUCCUAUACACACUCCCAAAGAGAAAGAGGAUCCAUGGGACUUAAGGCUGGUCCACAGCCAAGCUUAGGCCAAACCUAA